CUUACACCCUACUCUGGGUUAUCCGGAGAAUUACAUCCAUUCGCAUCAUUACUUAUAACUUUUUUAAUAUUUGUCACCGGUUUCAUAAUGGUUAAUUCAAUUGCAGCAAAAAUUUUUGGAAGAAAUAAAUUCCAGCCUCAAGGAAAGCAUAUAUACAUUACUGGUGGGAGCAAGGGUACUGGCAAGGAGGUCGCUAAACUACUCGCUUCAAAGGGUGCGCAUGUUACAAUUAUUGCCAGAGGCGAAAAGGAGUUGAAUGAAGCCUUAGAAGAGAUAAAAAAUGCUGCUCGAAAUCGGGAUGAUUAUGAAAGUUUAAUAUUCAAUGCCAUCUCCGCUGAUAUCUCCAAGAAAGAUGAUUCAAUUCGAGCGCUUAACGAAGCUUCAGAGAAGCAUAGUGGAAGAGCACCAGACGUCGUGAUUUGUUGUGCAGGAAUUUCAAUACCGCGUGUAUUUAUUGAACAACCAAUACAGGAAUUUGAAAACACCAUGCAAAUUAAUUAUUUUGGAGCCUUGUAUACUACUCAUGAAGCCGUCAAACGUAUGGCCCAACAAGGUGUCAAGGGCAAGAUCGUUUUCGUCAGUUCAGUUGCAGCCUUUGUUGGUUUUAUGGGAUAUGCUUCCUAUUCUCCGUCAAAGAUUGCUCUCCGAAGUUUGGCCGAGUGCUUACGGCAUGAGUUGAUCCUCUAUGAUAUUGGGGUUCAUUGCUAUUUUCCAGGUACAAUUGAUAGUUUAAGCUAUCAAGAGGAGAUGAAAACAAAACCAAAAAUUACUAAAGAACUUGAAGGAGAUGAUUUGAUUUCCCCGGAACAAGCAGCCAAGGCCUUAUACAAAGGUCUUUGUAAAGGACAAUUUUUCAUCACUUCAGAUAUCAUAGGCGAUGCAUUUAGGGCUGCCACAUUAGGAAUCGUUGAAUCAAAUAACGCUAUUGUUGACUCAUUCCUAUCUGGGAUCCUUUGGACUGUGUCAAAGCCCGCAAGGUGGUUUGCUGACAAGAUGGUUCGUGAUCAUAGAGCGGAAUAUCCU